AUGCCUCCCCCACGCCUUCCUCAGCUCACCCUCCGCAGAGCCUGCCAGCUUGGGGGGCUGGCACUGGGCAGCCUGACCUCCAUCCUCUUGCUCCUGGGCUGGCACCGGGAGCAGCUCGUCCCCAGCACCCCUGCCGCCACCCUCAGCAGCCAGACCAUCUCAGCCCUGACCGACGGCUCCUUCACCUUCCAAUUCAACCGGAGCGCCUACGAAGCCCACUUCCCUCACCUGCAGCUCUACCAGUGCCAGGAGGUGAUUGCCCGGGACGACUUCUGCCAGGGUCCCUCCGGGGCGCCUCUGCUGCUCCUGGCCAUCAAAUCCCAUCCGGCAUCUAGCGGCAGGAGGGCCACCCUGCGCCGCACCUGGGCCCAGCCGGCAGAGCUGGGGGGCUUCCGGCUGCGGCCCCUUUUCCUCCUGGGGGCCACCUCCAACCAGAAGCACCUGGAGCUGGUGGCGCAGGAGAGCCGCGUGUUUGGCGACAUCCUGAGGUGGGAUUUCAUGGAGUGCCACCACAACCUGUCGCUCAAGGAGCGCUGCUUCCUCCGGUGGGUGCACGGGCACUGCCAGCAGGCGGCCUUCGUCUUCAAAGGGGACGACGACCUCUUUGUGAACCCCAAGGUGCUGACCGAUUACCUCCACCGGACGCCCAACGUCUCCCACUUCAUCCACGGCAACAUCCAGGUCCACCCGACGGUCAUGAGGGGGGGCAAGUAUGCCAUCUCGCGGGACUUCUACCCCCUGGACCACUACCCCAACUUUGCCUCCGGAGGGGGGUUCAUCAUGUCGCGGGUGGGGCUGGCCGCCCUGUACCGGGCCUCUCUGCAGCUGCCCGUCUUCCCCCUGGACGACGUCUACCUGGCCUUCCUGACGCUGGCAGCCAAGAUCCCCCACCGGCACGACGGGGCCUUCCGCGUGUGGGGCAUCCCCAAGGACGAGCUCUCGGCCUACCGGCGCUCUGUGUGCAUCCAUGGGGUCAGCAUGGAGAGGAUCGAGGAGGUGUGGAAGGAGCUGGAGAGGACCCCAGAGGACCCCCAGACCCCCUCUUAA